AAUAUCCAACAAGUUAAAUAAAGAUCCCUUCCCUCCAAGCACAAGUCAAGACCAAUCAAAUUCACAACCAGAAAAUCCGAAAAAGAAAAUGAUAAUAGAAGGCAAUGGCUCCAAGAGCAAGAGACGGUCAAGGUCCCGCCCAUCUUCUCCACCUCCUUCACGCUCAUCAAAACAUACUCCACCAUCAGCCUCUUUGGUCGAUGCUGAACUGGUGACUGACCAAGAACCAUCUCCCGCAAUUACCAGUCUCUUUGAAGAUCUCCAAAUUUCACAAGAUUCCACCUUUAACCCCAGGAGCUUUCCUUACACCGUCAAGCAACAAUGUUGGGCAAAGGCAGAGACGGUCAAGGGACGAGACCCAGUUCGUUGGAGGCGAGACGCGCUGGGUAACAUUGUUUUCAGGAAGCUCGUUGGUUGUCCUGGUUGCUUGUGCCAUGACUAUGACCACAUCAUCCCUUACUCCAAGGGAGGAAAAAGCACACUGGAAAACUGUCAGGUUUUACAGGCAACUGUUAAUCGAUCAAAGGGAAAUCGGACUGACUUGUCGAGAGCUGAUCUUAUUCAGAAAAGUUCUUAUUGUCGAGUUUCAGGUCGUGACAUGGAUCUCAUCGAACUUUCAGCUUAUGGCAAUGUUCGUCACGCGGAGGAUUCAGGGGGUUGUAGAAUUCAAUAAUCAAAUGUCUGAUGCAGGAACUUUUAAUAGUGUUGAUUCCGGGAUGCAUAAUUGUACUAUUAAAUUGAUGCUUGAGGUCCAAAAUGAAAUGCUAAAAGAACCUUUUCUUAGUAUUAUGUAAUUAUCAAAAGUUUAAGAGAAGUUUUAAUUUCUCCUACUGAAAUUCAAUUUGUUUCUCCCCUCAACUUUCAUUU